AUGGGGAUUGACGAUUACCUAAUAUGGGAUGGACUAGUCCCUCUGUUGAAAGACCCAAAACAAAUGGAUUUCCCUUUUGGCUACCUGUGACACCAACCUCUUUGGGCAUAUAAACAGGAUAUCAAUCUGAGAGCCAAUCAUUCUGCAAGCGAUCGUCUAACGAUUCACAUCAUACCAACAAUAUUAGACUUACCAUUAUUUACCACAAUGGAGAACACAGAUAACUACGUCCACAAGAAGUUUGUCGUCAGCAAACGCAGGAGGGAUUCAGAUCAGGACAAGGAAAAUAUUGCACAGCAGUCGGAGCAGCCAGAUACCAAGCGCCUCCAGACCCAAGGAUUCUUCCGACCCUGGCUGCAUAACGAACACCACCAGGAAAAGGAAGCUGUAUCGGUGGAAAAAUCAAGUGGCCCUGGAACCUCAGUCAGCCAGUACCAUGCUAACAUGGUUCGACGUAGCCAGACACCUCGCCAGCGGAGUCCCAAGGAGCAGAUGCGGCGAGAUCGGAACACCUUGGCCUGCCUCCUCAGCCGGCGGGCUAAGCAGGCACAGGAGGAACAAAUGGGCCAGCAAUACGAGUUAUACCGGGGUCACCAUGCCGCAAUGCUGGAGCAGCAGAUCCGCCUAAGUCUUUACUACCGUCAGAUUCUCCAGCAGGCGAUAUUCCAGCGAGCUAUCAAUCCAGCCCCAGGACAUCUCCUCCCACAACAGCAACAGCAGUUCCUCCAGCAGAUGGCCCUCUCCCAACAGAUGCUCAUCUUUGGGGGUCAGCGCUGAUGCCAUGAAUAGCAUUCAUAACCAGUGUAAAUGGAUAGCCUAAUCUUGUG